GCGCGCGCGGCGGGAUCGAACGUUGCCCGGGGGUGGGGUGGGCGGCCGAGCGCGGGAACGGGGCGGUGGCGCGCGGACACCCCGAGUCCUUCCGCGCGUGCAUCUGCUGCGGGGCACCAUGCACAGGAGACAUCUCAAGGAAAUCCCAGCUUCGAGCAGCAAUGUUUUCACAAGUUUCACGUGGGCAUGGGAUCCUACCAAGACAUCAGAGCUACUUUCGGGCAUGGGCGUGUCUGUCCUUAAGAAGGAGCAUCUGGGAAGUGAAAACACCCCACAGGAUCUACUCAUAUCCCUCUCUCCUCCUCAGAAACGGCAGAAAGUAAAAGAGAAGGACAAGGACUUUGUGAUUGCACGGAGGCCUAGGCACCUCCGAGAGCCAGAGUCAGGUGCUUCUUGGGAUGCACUACCAGAUGAAUUGCUAUUGGGAAUCUUUGCUUAUUUACCUCUAAAUGACCUGCUAAAAGUUACCCAGGUUUGCAAGAGAUGGUAUCGCCUUUCGUUUGAUGAAUCACUUUGGCAAACUCUUGAUCUGACUGGUAAAAAUCUGCUGCCAGGAGUGAUUGGGCAGUUGCUGCCCGUAGGUGUAACUGUAUUCCGUUGCCCAAGAUCCUGUAUUGGGGAACCUUUGUUUAAACACAACAGACCUCUUAGACUGCAACAUUUGGACCUGUCCAACUGUACAGUCAAUGUUGCUGAUCUCCAUAGUAUUCUCUACCAAUGUCAUAGACUACAGAACCUCAGCUUGGAAGGAUUAAAACUUUCUGAUGACAUCAUCAGGAACAUUGCUCAGAAUUCCAGUUUGGUGCGGCUAAAUCUCUCCGGGUGUUCUGGAUUUUCUGCAGAAGCACUGGAGACCAUGUUGAGCAGCUGUUCUGGAUUGCAAGAACUGAACUUGUCCUGGUGUGACUUCACAGCUGAUCAUGUUCAAGCAGCAGUCAGUCAGAUUUCUUCAAAAGUAACUCAGCUAAACCUCAGUGGAUACAGGCAGAAUCUACAGAUAUCAGAUGUUAAAACCUUGGUAGAAAGAUGCCCUUAUCUCGUUCACUUAGAUUUAAGUGACAGUGUAAUGUUGAAACCUGAAUGUUUUCAAUAUUUCCAUCAACUCAUCUAUCUACAGCAUCUGUCCCUUAGUCGAUGUUAUCAGAUAUCUCCAGCUGCCUUGUUAGAACUUGGUGAAAUUCCCACACUAAAGACUCUUCAAGUUUUUGGAAUAGUGACUGACAAUGCCCUGCAGCUCUUGAAGGAAACACUCCCCCACAUAAAGAUCAACUGUUCACAUUUUACAACCAUCGCAAGGCCAACUGUUGGCAGCAAAAAGAACCAAGAGAUCUGGGGAAUCAAAUGCAGAUUGACAUUGAGAAAUCCCAGUGGUUUGUGAUGUACAGUUUGCAAGAUAUUUCCUUUGAUUGAUGCCAAGUGUGGGGCAGUUCAUGGAGAAUUCUGAACACUGAAGCACCACUCUCACUUUUUAUAGCGUUUUUAACUUGGUGUUAUGCCACAAUUUAGUUUUAUAAAUAUAUUUUUACAUUGUCUUUUUAACACCCAUUAGUAUUUCAAGAUAGCUAUCUAUCUAAUCAGGUAUGAAUUUUUGGAGGUUUAAAAGAAAAAAAGACAACACAGCCUUUUUUUUUUUUUAGUAAAGAUUACUUUCAAAAGCAGUUUAUACUUCCAAUAUAGACUGCUUUUGAAAACAUGCUAAACAUUAUUAAAAUAGAAAUAGGUGAUUUGCAUUAAAUAGAACAGGUGUUCUAGUUUUCUGCUAACAUGCUUAAAUUUUCAGAGUUAUAAUGUUGUUUCUUUGUUCAGAAAACCAGAAGCACCUUUUGACUGCCUCUGUCGCCUUUCCAAAUAUUGCUACUUCCUGUAAGAGACUGGCAAUAUUGAAAGCUGUUCCAGCUAAUUGUUGUCAAAGAACUAUUCUGCUUCAUCAUGAUUCAAUAUAUUCCUGACUUCCUUGUUUCAGUUUUUAGACCUCAGAAGGAAUAAGGGUGUUAAAUAUUUGUGUUAGAAGCGCUGAUGCUACCUAUUACUGUGUUUUUAUAUGCUACUUUCACUGAGCCUCAUGGCAGUAGAGGUCAUGGGAAGGGAGAUUCACACAAAAGCAACUCCGAGGCAGCUAAAUACCACACAAGCUGUAGGCAGCAGAACAGAGCUAUGGCAGACUUUUUCAGUAGAUUAUGGAAAGGAUCCUCAUCAUUUCACAGCUGCUAUUCUAAGGAGUUUAACUUGAAACCUUUUUACAGACUUGUUGCAUAUAAAACCAGCCCCUUCCCCCGUCAGUGGUUCUUGCUCUGUGCAUCAUCUGACUUACUGAUUAAAUGGCACACAAAUG